AUCAAAUCAUUUUUCACUUGAAUACGGAAGCAUGCAUAAUAAUGGAAAGUGCAACGAAGCCUUAAACUAGUCUUUGUUUCAAGACUCGGCAUAAUCAACAAUAUCACGGUGAAACAUAUGAGGUGCUAAACAUACAUCCUUCGGGUCAUGAUGACAUCUGAUGUCCCGCAACACGCGAAAGAGGAGGUUGCAUAACCCAAACAAGAGUCGGCUAACUUUUGUUGAAGCACCCAUCAGCGGGGACAUACAUCAGUAUGGGCCACAACUACGAAGUGCCAUUAACCCAAGGUCGUUUAUAUCCGAGGAGCCCCGUCAGAAUGGCACAGCAUGGGUGUCACCCCAGUUUGACCAGAUUCGAGUCCCUGAUGUGGUGCCAAGGAGGACUAGGAGGUGCCAUUCACAAUCUACAACCACAACAACCACAAGACACAAUUCAACAUGUACAAACGUGAGAAAGUCAGCUGCUAGUAAAUACCCCCCAUUAGCAUUUGACACUGGUGGCGCUGAGAGAGUGCAUGGCAAGAAGAGACGGUUACUUAGAGGGGCUAAGAUGGCACCAGUGCCUGAGUCAAACCCAGCUUCCUGUGGGCCAGGUCCCUCAAACACCUCCUCAGCUGAAGUGGAUAUAGAAACACCACAGCGGAGGACCUUUCUACGGAGAAGAAGCAUCGAAAGUGCCCUUGCUUCAAACACACUGCAUCCCCUGCCACAUGUGGGCUCAGAGACGCCACAGAGGAGGAGCUCUAUACAGAGAAAAAGCAUAGGAAGCACCCUCGCUUUACACACGCUGCAUGAGGUAUCUGCUGAGAGCAGGGAGACCUCAGCCUCUCCUGCUGUUCCUCACAGUCACACACAAAUGAAACAUUUUACCCCAUCAUCUGAAUCGCGCACCUCUGGACGAUUAAGCUCGCCAAAUGUGGGGAAUUACACUUUGCCCCCUGAUAUUGAUACUCCAGAGAUGCCACACAAGGCACCACCUCCAGCAUCAAAAGUUACUUUUUUAGAUCUACUCCUGCCCUUAACUCCACCACACUCGUAUAACUUGGACAUUCUUGUGGAGGACACUCCAGAGAGAGACUAUGGUCUGAAAGUUACUUGGAGAAAGAGGAAAAACAUUCUGAGAUCACUUAUAAGACGAGGCCUGCUGACUAGCCAGCAGGCUGAGGUUGUUGCCUAAUAUGACAUUGAACUGAGUGAACAUGAAAUUGUACAUACUGUAUGCCUACUUAGUGGAUGAUAUGAAUAAAGACACUAGGCAUGUUGCAUUUUGACCAAAUUGUCAUUUUGACCAAAUCAUUGCAAUGUGUCGUAUAAUAAAACACAAAACAUGUACACUGUGAAGGAAAUGGUCAAGGUACUGCAACUAUGCUGCUCAUUGAAACUGGGCUGCCUAUUGCCAAAUUUGAUCUUUACAUGAAAGUUUACUAAGUAAUAAACAAAUAUUUUCGA